GGCACACGGAUCUGAAGGCGUCGCACCAUGGCCUGGGCUCCUCUGCUCUUCGCGGUGCUCGUCCACGGCUCAGGUUCCCUGGUGCAGGCAGCUCUGUCUCAGCCAGCCUCGGUGUCAGCCAGCCCAGGAGAGACCGUCCAGAUCUCCUGCUCGGGGAGCAGCAACGGCUACUAUGGCUGGUACCAGCAGAAGGUCCCUGGCACUGCCCCUGCCACUGUGAUCUAUACUAAUACCAACAGACCCUCGGGCAUCCCUUCACGGUUCUCUGGAUCCAAGUCUGGCUCCACAGGCAUCUUAACCAUCACUGAGGUGCAGGCUGAGGACGAGGGUGUCUACUACUGUGGUGGCUACGACAGCAGCAUGUGUGGUGUAUUCGGGGCCGGGACCAUGUUGAACGUCCUAGGUCAGCCCAAGGUGAUCCCUACGGUGACUCUCUUCCCGCCCUCCAGCGAGCAGCUCUCCGAGCAGAGCCAGGCCACGCUCGUGUGCCUGCUGUCGGACUUCUACCCGAGGUCGGUGCAGGUGUCGUGGUUCGUUGACGGCACAGCCAUCACCGACGGGGUGGAGACCAGCCAGGCCCAGCGGCAGAGCAACAACCAGUACAUGGCCAGCAGCUACCUCUCGCUCAGCCACUCGGAAUGGAACAAACACGAUACCUACACCUGCAAGGUCACACACGAUGCCGGCAACGUGGAGAAGACCCUGGUCCGAUCCCAGUGCUCCUAACCCCGCGGGGACCUCUCUGUGCCCGGCAGCCCCUCGCCGGCCCCCUCCUUCUUCCCUGCUGCUGGGGGCAGCAUCUUCCCCCCACCGCCCAUCUUCCUUCCCCCACGCCUCUGUUUCCUUCCCCCAUGCCUCUGCUCCCUUCCCCUGCGCUCCCGCCCGCGGUGUCACACCAAUAAACACUGACCCUGACCCAGUGCUGGCUUCAGCA